GUGAGUUCCGGCCUACCGGCCCUCGGACUUGGGUGGGUUGACCUUGGACACAGUGCCCCUCCUUCCGUCUUCUAGCUCAUGGACCCCAGCCCCCAGCGCCCAGGCAGGGCGGGGCUGCUCCAAGGCCCCGCCCCCUCCAGCUGCGGUCUGCUCCCUCUAGAUCCCCGGUGCUUUGAGCGCCUGCGCUGGCCCUUGCCUUGGAGCAGCCAUGAUGGAAGGCCUGGACGACGGCCCCGACUUCCUCUCGGAGGAGGACCGAGGACUUAAAGCAAUAAAUGUAGAUCUUCAAAGUGAUGCUGCUCUGCAGGUGGACAUUUCUGAUGCUCUUAGUGAGAGAGAUAAAGUCAAAUUCACUGUUCACACAAAGAGUUCAUUGCCAAAUUUUAAACAAAAUGAGUUUUCUGUUGUUCGACAACAUGAGGAAUUUAUCUGGCUUCAUGAUUCCUUCGUUGAAAACGAAGACUAUGCUGGUUACAUUAUCCCUCCAGCACCACCAAGACCUGAUUUUGAUGCUUCAAGGGAAAAACUACAGAAACUUGGAGAAGGAGAAGGGUCCAUGACAAAGGAGGAAUUCACAAAGAUGAAACAGGAACUGGAAGCUGAAUAUCUGGCCAUAUUCAAGAAGACUGUCGCAAUGCAUGAAGUGUUCCUGUGUCGCGUGGCAGCACAUCCUAUUUUGAGAAAAGAUUUAAAUUUUCAUGUCUUCUUGGAAUAUAAUCAAGAUUUGAGUGUGCGAGGAAAAAAUAAAAAAGAGAAACUUGAAGAUUUCUUUAAAAACAUGGUUAAAUCAGCAGAUGGAGUAAUUGUUUCAGGAGUAAAGGAUGUAGAUGAUUUCUUUGAGCAUGAACGAACAUUCCUUUUAGAAUAUCAUAACCGAGUGAAGGAUGCAUCUGCUAAAUCUGACAGGAUGACAAGAUCCCACAAAAGUGCUGCAGAUGAUUACAAUAGAAUUGGUUCUUCAUUAUAUGCUUUAGGAACUCAGGAUUCUACAGAUAUAUGCAAGUUUUUUCUCAAAGUUUCAGAACUGUUUGAUAAAACGAGAAAAAUAGAAGCAAGAGUGUCUGCUGAUGAGGACCUCAAACUUUCUGACCUUUUAAAAUAUUACUUAAGAGAAUCUCAAGCUGCUAAGGAUCUCCUCUAUCGAAGAUCUAGGUCACUAGUGGAUUAUGAAAAUGCUAAUAAAGCACUGGAUAAAGCAAGAGCAAAAAAUAAAGACGUUCUACAAGCUGAAAUGUCCCAGCAAUUAUGUUGUCAGAAAUUUGAAAAAAUAUCAGAAUCUGCAAAACAAGAACUCAUAGAUUUUAAGACGAGAAGAGUUGCGGCAUUCAGAAAAAAUUUAGUGGAACUAGCAGAGUUAGAACUGAAGCAUGCAAAGGUAAUGUCAUAUCAAAGGUUUAAUAAUUUCAGGAACUUAUAAUUUAGAAAUGAGUCA